UAGAAACGAACGACCGAUAGCCCGAGGUUGGUGGUUUUUAAAUCUCUAUAAAAUUUUUAGUUUGUUUUAAUUUAGACACCAUGUAUCUGUCUUUUCUGAAAAGAAAAAGAACAUCUAAAUUCACAAAAUUACCAAAAUUUCUUUAAAAAAAACAUUAUAGUAACACGAUUAGAAUUAUCUCGACAACUUUGUGAAAAUCAACUAACAUUUUCGAUUGGAUUUACGUAUUACAAAAGGACAUUAAAAGUGGAGAUUCACAUGAGAUUCACAUGAGAUUCACAUGAGAAGAUAAAAGGAAAUACUUUAAAGUAUAGCACAAAAAGACGAACACUUUACUCGGUGAAUCACUGCAAAAUGAUAUAACAUAAACGGAGGAAGGUUUCUAUAUGUUAAAAGGAUAUGUAUUUGGACCUUAUAAUUUUAUCUUUUCUGGCUUCUGUCUCUGGUCUUCCAUUCGGAAGAGAUUGGAGUAACCUCGGAAUAAAAUCGACAGAGAAAGUUUCGGUGAACCUGAAAACAAAAGACAAUUUUCGUUUUAAAAGAAGUGCUAGUAAUCAUCCUAAGCAAUUGACAUUCCAAUACACAUCCAAAUCUGUUGGCGAUGUGUCGAUUGAAUUAAAGAAAAAUAAUAUUCAGAAAAUACCACCAGUAUUAUUGUAUGAUGGGAUUAAUCUAAAGAAUAAGACAGAUAUUAACAUAGGGGAUUUUGCGUUAUACUACAAUACAGAAAAUAAAGCAUCAGCAUUAGUAAAGUUUUAUAGUGACGACUUAUCGCAUUAUCAUAUUCAUGCUACAUACAUAAUAGGAUCAUCAUGGUUUACUCUAGAGCCAUCGGAAACAACAGGAUCUCGGACCAAGAGACAAGUCGUCCCAUCGCUACAAACUUCACCCGAGAAGACAACGGCCCAUCCUGCUCUUAACCGGGAAUAUUUGAUCUAUGAAAUGCUUUUUACAGAAGGGCAAACAUUCUUUAAUGAUACUUUCGUCUUAAAAGAGAAUCCAGAUUUCACUACAGACCCACAAUUAACAACAGAACGAAUCACAGAAUCAAACACAACAACCCAAACAGUACCAGUAUUUAAUUUCCGUGAUAGAGGAAAGAGGUCAAGUCCAACAACAGAAAAAAAGAAGCGUACAAAGAGGCAGAUCCCAGUAUUAUACGUUGAGUAUUUAGUUUGCAUUGAUUAUGCGAACUAUAUCAUUUGGAAAGAAAUGUCUACAGCAACAGAUGACGCUCAAAAGCAUGCAGAUGCAGAAAACAUGAUAAUUCAAUUUUACUUGUUCGUUACUAAUGGGAUAAAUACAAGAUAUGAAUCAUUAAUGACACCAGAAGGAGACGUAAAGGUCAUCUUGGCAGGGUUUGUUAUCGCUACGAAUAUUGAAGCCUCAAAAUGGACAGAAGACAAUGUAAUCAGUUCGAAUGUAGUAAAUGAUGGGAAUACAUUACUGACUUUCUCACAGUGGAUAAAUGCCAAUAGGAAUACUGAUGCCAUACCAGCUCAUGAUCACGCUGCGCUGUUUACUGGGUAUGAUUUGGCAGAAAAAAUAACAGACAAAAGAACAAUAGGGAUAGCUUACCUGUCACGGGUGUGUAACUCGUAUGCGUCCUCUGUCAACGAAGAAACAUUCAACGCAAUGAUUAUACACAUCGCUGCACACGAACUUGCGCACAACCUAGGAGCAUCUCAUGACAGUUAUCAUUCUAACGGAUGUUCAGCAGAAUUUGGAUAUGUGAUGUCUCCCUCGCUUCCAAAUAGUGAAUAUAGCUCAGCCACCUCAGCAUCAAGAAAUUUCAUAUUUUCGUCAUGUUCAAGGGCAUCUAUUGGAUCAUACAUAGCAGGUUUAGAAACAAACUGUUUGGAAAAUUCUCCCAUGGAUGGAUUGGUAGAUUUAACGCUGGCUGCAUUCAAUCCAGGUGAAACGGUAUACGGCGUAGACGAUCAGUGUGGACUUACAUAUGCUCCAAAUGGAGGGUCAGCAAUGUGUAGGGAAAACUAUCCUUUGACAACUAUGAAAUGGGCCAGUGUAUGCUACAGAUUACAGUGUAGAAAUCCCGCAAAUCUGAAUGGACCUUGUUCAAGUCAGUUUGCGCAUGACGGAACUGCUUGUGGAAACUAUAAGUGGUGUCAACAAGGCCAAUGUGUUAGCUCUGUGGACGCUCCCAAUGUCCCAGAUAUUUGCCCAUUUGGAGAUGACCCCCUUUUCAAUUGUGACAUAAAUCAAUGCAACCAGUAUGGUCAACAGAUCCGUUCUGGGAAAUGUUGCUAUACUUGCCUUGUUCCGAAGACGACAACUUCAACUAGUACAAGUACGACCACAACGACGCCACCAACUACAACUACCACGCCCAUUACUACAACAACCACGCCCACAACUACAACAACUACGCCCACCACUACAACUACCACGCCCACAACAACGACAACAAUGCAAUCUACAACAACAAGAGUAAUAAAAACAACCCGUCAAACAUCAAUGAAUACACCAGUGACAACUGAUAAACCUUUUACACAAAGUUUUGAUGAACUUGCGGAUCAUGACUUGAAAACAGCCAUGGCUUUAUUUGUACAUUUAGUUGCUAUGUUAUAGAUGCAGAUCUUCAAAAAAUCUUUUAACCGUGUCAUUGUUAAAGACGAUAAUUUUCAUGAAAUGAAAAGAAUGAAUCCAAUCUGUCAAAACAUUUUUUGAAAAAAAAUUCUGCCUUAAUGAAUCCAAUCUGUCAGUAAUAUUCUUGAAAAACACAGCCUUAAUUCGACAUUUCAGAAAUUAGUGCAUUUUUGAAAACAUUUUCAAAAAUCAAAGUGUUGGGAUUGGUGAAAAACGUUCUAAGCAAUGGAAAUCCAACCAACGACAUUGCAAAAUUAUCUGUUUUUUUCAAACAUGUGUGUUAUAAACUCGACCUUUAUUUGCCUAGCAAGUCGUAAAGAAAAAAACAAACACACUGUUAUAUUUCGGGAUCUUUUUAUGAUGCACUUUCGUUUUUAUUUAAUUAUCUUUAUGCGUAUUUAUUGUUAGAAGUAAUUUUGUAAAUGUCCUAUUGUUUGUUUGUUUUUUCUCAAAUAAAUGUAUGCUUCCGUG